CACCCUCUUCCUGGUCUAAAGCCUGCCUGGCUCUCUCGUGUUACUAUAUUAGUCAAGCUAAUCCCUCUGUGAUUAUCACAGGAAGACUUGUCUCCCUUCUUGUAUAUGGGGAUAAUCAGUGAAUUACACCAACCCGAUGGGACUUCUUCUGAUUCCCAGACGCUGCCUAGUACCUCAGUUAAUCGAGACAGUUUUAAGACAGUAUACAAUUCAGUUCUAGCAAGUAGUAGUAGUGUAACGACAGAAGACAAGGCCAGUCAGGUAACAUAUCUUUUAUUGAGAAAAUCAACACAUACUUAUAGAUUUUUGUGUACAUUAUUAUUAGGGUUAUUGCUAGCAGAAAAGCAAUGUCUUCUGAUUGGUUGUUUUCCUGCUGAAGGUUAUUCGAUCAUCUCUUUGUUGCCGUCUCUCAGAUAGUUCGGUUGAUCUCUGCCGAAAUCUCAGUACGGAUACAAGGGGGGGUUAGUUUCACAUACGCCAGUUUACUCCGUCUCUGGCUUAGUAGACGUGAUAUCCGGUUGGCUAUCGAC